GACGUUUGCUGGGGCGGGGAAAUGCUGACCGACUGGCCAUGUGCGCAGACGGCUUACUGCGCAGGCGAGCUGAGGGGGCGGGGCAGGCAGGAAGCUCAGGCAAAUGUUUUGUGAUGGAGGACUCCAUUGAGUUGAUUCUGCAGGACCACGUUGGGAUUUUUCCGAGCAGCAAGCCCCAUCCUGUCCUCUCUGCCUGCACUGGAGCUCUGCUCACAGGCCUGUAUGGAGUAUGGAGCAUGUUCGUCUUUCCCGGCUCCCGAAGAAUCCCGUGGAGGCUCAAGGUCCCGUACUUGCCCUCCAGUAAAGUCCAGACACAAAAUGUCAUGAAGCUGCUGGAGGGUCGAAGAGGUCGCUUAGCAGAUCUGGGAUCAGGAGAUGGAAGACUGGUGUUUGCUGCCUCGUCAGCUGGUUUCCGAGGCACGGGGUUUGAGAUCAACUCCAUUUUAGUGGCAUAUGCCAGGAGCAAGGCCAGGUGGAAAGGUAUUCCCUCCAGCCAGGCGACUUUUGUUAAGAAAGACUUUUGGACGACGGAUUUAUCUUCCUACGACAACGUGACGGCUUUUCUUGCUCCAGGAGUGAUGGAUGUGCUGGGAGAAAAGCUUCUGAAGGAGCUUCCUGAGGAUGCGCUCGUCAUCGCCUGUCGGUUCCCCAUCACUAGCUGGUCCCCACAAUCAUCUGCGGGUUCUGGACUUGAUCGGGCGUUUGCGUAUGACAUCAGCAGCGUGCGCUCACGCUUGAGAACUCCAUCGAGCACAGCGGCAGAAUGACUCACUAGUGUUUUCAGGGCUUUUUCACUCAGCUGCACUAAAAUCUCAAUGCAAUAUUUUAUCAAGUGCAUUUGAUAUUUCUGAAUGUUGCACACUACUUGGAGAGUUUUUACACAUGCAUAACAGACCGAGCCUGUGUGUCACACUGCUGCUGACUGUUUAGAGGGUGCUUUCAGCAAUCAACAUCUAAGGUAUGGUUUUAUGCUGUGUGUGUAUCUGAGUCGGCUGACUAACACACCAAACACACCGGUGUAAGUAAUGUGCAUUUUACUCUUACGUUUUAACACACAGAACACACUCAGGGAGCCAAAAAAAGCUAAGAGAUAUCUUGAUUUUUUUGUUAGAAACAGAUUAUUUUCAUUUAAGGCAGAUUAAUUAUGACAACUUUCCUACUUAUAAUGGUUUUAUUGUGAUUGUGAAACAAUAAAACAAAUACUGACUGAGAUAA